AUGGAAGAUUUAACAAAACAUUGGAGUUCUUUAUCUCUGUCAGAAAAUGAGGGCCUCGGACUAAGCCUUAGAAGCGAGCAAGCUGUCAAUGAAGUUGGUAUCGUCGCUAGAUUCCUAACCAGACGCCCUCUGAACCUUGAAGCCAUUGCCAACACUUUCUCUCCCUUGUGGCGAUCUAAAUCGGGUUUCAAAGUCAGAAACAUCGGGAACCAUGCGACCCUUUUUUCUUUUGAAAACAACUCAGAUGUUGAGCGUAUUCUCUCGUUGGAGCCUUGGAGCUUCGACAAACACAUUAUGGUCCUAUCUCGUUUCGACAAGGAAAACCCAAUCAAUGCCGCUGAGCUUAAUAAGGUUGCAUUUUGGGUUCAAGUCUAUGAUAUUCCAUUAAGGUUCAGGAACAAAGAUGUUGCAGAGCAGAUUUGUGAGAUAGUUGGAACAAUCAUUCAUCCCAGCACAGAUUCAGAUAAUGAGGGAGGGAGUUUCAUAAGGGUCAGAGUCAUGGUUGAUAUAUCUAAACCUCUCUGUAGAGGCCGUCGCAUAUCGCUUGAAGAUGGGAAGACGCAUUGGGUCUCUUUCAAGUAUGAACGCCUCCCCAACCUCUGUUAUUGGUGCGGCUGUCUCACCCAUAAUGAUAGGGACUGCGAGAAGUGGAUUGAGAGCGAAGGAAGCCUAAAACCUGAUGAACAACAAUUCGGGUCAUGGUUACGUGCCCCUCCAUUUUUUUUCUUCGAGGAAAAAUGUUAUUUCAGUCCAAGGUUUCUUUACGAAGAAAAAACAGAGCACAGCAACCCACCCCACCGAACCUCAACAACCCACCCCUCCGGCAAGAGAACAACAACCCUCCCCCGAAACUCCUCCACAUCCCCCGAGGACAACCUCUGA